AUGACGGACGAUAACCUCGAUCGAAUCACUCAUGGUCUUAAAUCAGUCCAAUUAGACGAUGAAGACGCAUCGAAAUAUUUCAUUAAUUAUAUAAGUGAUGAAACGGAUGUGCUUAGCACUGAUGAUCAUCAUCAACAGCAGCAUCAAACUGAAAAUAAUCACGAUACAAACGAAUAUUUUGAUAUAUCAUCAUUACCGAGUAGUCUAAUUAUUACGCCAGUCCCAUCGCAAUUAUUCACUGAACAGCAUGUCAAAGAUGAAUUCGAACAAUUAUUUCGUGUCUAUGAUCCCAAUAUAACGGUUCUUUAUCUAAAAUUUUUUCAACGUGUUCGAAUUACAUUUACAUCGCCUCACAAUGCAUUACAAGCCCGAUUACAUCUUCACGAAUAUCGAUUUCAUGGAACUAUCAUAAAAACAUAUUUUGCUUGCCCGAUUGUUUUUCGCGGAGGCAGCUCGGAGACUUAUUUACGUCCGCCCGAACCAGAAAAGCUAUUUCUCAUAUCUCCACCGUCAAGUCCACCUGUUGGUUGGGAACAAAAAGUUGAAGAUCCACCCAUUGUCGAUCUCAACCUGAUCGCUGCUAUUGCUCAGCUCCGACCAAAUGAAUCUCAUGAAUUAUUCUCGAGUGGACAUGGUUCGAAUGCUCCAUCGAUUAUUAUUCAUACAUGUGAUGAUCCAGUUAAUACUGAUGACAUCAAUCAAUCUCUUCGUCAAAAAUUAAUCAAACCAACAUUGAUUCAAACGCGACGACCACCUUCGGAUUAA